AUGCCCCAGUGGGGAAGACCACCAGGGGGCUCGUCGGGUGUGGGGAGAUACUACGAGGGGGUGGUCGACGAUGUGUAUAGAUUUCAAGAUUUGGGGAGCGACGAGGAGGAGCUGGACGGUGUUGUAAUAGACGGGGUGCUUCAACCGGCUUUGAAUGGCAAGAGGAUCAAUCCAGACGAGCUUUACUUUAAUGAUAUGGAUAUUAGGGCGUGGGAGAGCAGGACAUCGGCGUUGGAGGAGCCUACCCAUGGGCGUGUGCAUGGCCGUCGAGGCUAUCAAGAAGAGCACUUUGGCGGGGCGGGCAACACGAUACCGUCUGCGGAAACCGAGGAAAGGCUUUUCCAGCGGGUGCUUGACAAGAUCCGGGUAGCAAGAGCAGCAGGGAAUACAGAUGUUUCACUCAGUGCAGAAGAACUCGACGCAUAUCAAUCACGGCUUUACGGUGCACGAGCCUCUGCGGUACGUCCCGAGCCGGAGCCUCGACCUACCAGUGUCAGUGUCAGUGCCAGUACCAGUGCCAGUGCCUCAGUGCCCAAUGAUACUGCUAGUGUCAUGAGUUAUGAGACGACUGGGAAGCAUGGUGCUUCUUCGUCGCGCUCCAAGAAGAGCCAGCCACGAACGUCGAUGUUCGGCUCCAAGGCCAAGAAAGAAAGGCGACAUAGUGGCCACCGACGCACGUCGACCAACUCGACGACGGAGAGUCACGCACUAGCACCUGGCUUUGUUGUUCCUGGUGCAGAUGGACAAGGCAUUUAUGCACCGAUUAAUGCAUACGAGGGAAGCCUGGCCCGCGACCAGAGGCCUCUGCGUGCAGCAUCCCGUCGGGCGUCUGACACAAGCCACCAUGCAGCAGCGGCUCCGAAUGACACCUCUCCAAGAAACAUGCUCGGUUCGUUUCCGGAGUCAGAGUACGAUUAUGGGCCUUCAACGCCUGCAUGGGAGGAGCAGAAGUCAGUGUCUCGACCAUCUGUCGACUCGGCCAGUGUCCCACUUGGGUCUCGCAGUGGGCCACCGUCGAUAGCAUCGUCACGUCUCGUGCCCUUUCCGGUGGAGCCUUAUCAGUACCACCAGUUCAGCACGUCCUCUUCCUCGCUAUCACCCACUUCGCCGCAACCACAGUACACUCGCAGAAUGAGCUUGAGCCCGUCAGAAGCCAGCUAUACGUCGGUACCACGACGCAUCCCUGCAGCAUCCCCAGGAUAUCCGCCGGUGCCGGUGCCGUUGCAGCGAGUGACAGAUGGCGGGACUGGGCAGGGCCGAGCGAGCGACCCGCCUCUGGGCACGCAGUCAUAUGGCGCCGGGGUGCCAGUGCAAGGACAGCAAAGUGCAACGGGCAGUGGAAGUGGACGCGGAGGAGAGAAGAGGCGCUCAGGAGGGAAAGGCAGGAAG